AUGCAAGAGGCGGAGAAGAAGAUGAAGGUAAAGAAAGGUUGGCUUGCAGUUCAAGUUGGAGUUGAAGAAGAAGAAGAUUGUUGCAGCUGUUCAGGCUCUCAGAGAUUUGUGAUUCCGAUUUCGUUUCUUUAUCAUCCUCUUUUCAAUCGCCUUUUGGAUAAAGCCUAUGAGGUUUACGGCUACCAGACCGCCGGACCUCUGCGGCUUCCGUGCUCCGUCGACGAUUUUCUCAGUCUUCUCCGGCAGAUCGAGAAGGAAUCCGGCCGCGGCCGCGCUCACCAUCACUAUAAUCAACACUCCCGUAACCAUCUUCCUUUCCACUCUUCUUCAAAUUAA